UCUCGCUCCACAUCCAUGGCCUCUCCAACAGCCGGUCCCUCACGGCAUCCAUCGCCGCAACAUGCCAUUCCACUCACGCCACCGCCGCUCUACUCGCUGGUCAUGCCUGGGCUACAUCGCUGCUCAGCCAUCGGACUCGAGGAGGCGCUGAACGAAGCCUGGGCAGAAGAGGAGGCUGCAACGAGGAGAAGACAGCAUGUUGCGCCCGCCUCAACAUCGGGGUCCAAUGGCUCUUCAAAUGCUCGCAUGCCAUCACUAGACGCUCGAAGGGCCAGCGAAGUCGACGAUCGCUACUCGGACCAUGUUGGCGCUCGACAUCCAUCACGCAGCCAAACCUCCUUCUAUCCUCCUUCCUCUCCGACGUCCCACCUCUCCCCAUCGAUACCGAACCCUUCCCCCUCUCCGCUUGUGGCAUUCCUGCACUCCAUCUCCCUACGCACACUGGUAUACCUCUCGCCCUCACUGCUUCCCUGCGCAUUGCUCAAGCUGGCACACCAGCUCGACCUCAAUCUCAUCCAGUGGGACCUAACGGGCCCAAAAGUCUGGAGGGCCCGCUCUAUUGCGGAGGAGGGAGAGGUCAAGGCGCUCAGGAGAUUUGCGUCCAGACAUGCGGCAAGGUCAAAGAGGCGGGACAAGGGCAGAGAGGCCAGCCCGGAUGAGAAAAGCGAGGAGGCUGCGGAACAGCAAGAGAGUGCCGACGCGCUCAUGACUCUCUCCCUCAUCACGCUCCUCCUCACUUCUGCCACCUCCCCAACACUCAUCUGCGAUCCAUCCGGCCUGGCUCAGACGUCACUCGUGGUAGGCUGCCUCCGACGAAUGCAACGGAGGUCCUUCGCCAGCAUAUGCGUCGAGUAUCGCGCAUUCGCCUCGUCUUCCUCUCCAGGGGCAACGGUGAAUGCGGCAAGGGCGCAACCGGGCCAACUACCCAGCACCGCGAGUGCGCUGCGCUUCAUCGAGAUGUUUCCAUUGGAGAAGGUGGAACUGCCCGAUAAUUGGGAUGAAAUGGUUGGGUGGGGGAGAGAGGGGCUGAGGGCGAUGGAGGGCGUGGUGAAGGCAAGAGAGACGGAGGGGGAGGGACAAUCAGACCAGGUCGCGGUGGCCGUCAAGGUGUAAUUGAUGGGUAUCGUAGUUCGGUCUUGUCGACAUCGAGCAUCGCUGCGCCCCUCUCUCCCCCUCGCACCCUCAUGCUGCUCACUUCUCCCCAUGCGACUCCCCCGCGCUCCUGAACAGCUCCGCAACCUCCGUAUGAUCAGUCGUAGUCUCCAUAUAGUGCGCAUAGACCACCUCAUUCCCCUUGAUCACCACUUCCCCGCCCAACUGCGCAAAGUCUCCACUCUUCCAAAUCGCGCUCGGCCCACUCUUGACCAUAUCCACAAUCGACCCGAGAACCAUUCCCGUGUGCCCCUUGCCCUCUCCAUAGUACUCUGGCGUUUUCUCCCCGAGCUUGAGGUUGCGACGUGUGAAUCCGAGGGAAUGGUAGAGUGAUUUCGUCGGGUCAGAGUAGACACGAAUGCUCG